AUGUCUCAAUUUUCUCUGCCUUCUUUUAUCUCCAGUUCAUUUGAUCCGAUUUUUAAUUCUAUUAUUUUCAAUUCACUUUCAAUUUUUCCCUUUCUUUCUUUCUUGCUGCUUCAUCUUCUCCAUUGUUACACAGAGAGACGAGUUUGUGUUGCAUUUGCGAAGUCUUUUGUUUUUUCUUUCUUUUUCUUUCAUUUUUCUUAUAUUUUUGUGAUCUUUUCUUUUUACACGCUUUUUUUCUUUUUCUUUCUUUUUCCUUUUUUACGAUCACUUUCUUCUUGUUUCUUUCUUUUGUUCUUCUUUCAUGAUCUUUUUUAUUUCUUUUUUUCUUUUUCACAAUCUUUUUUUUCCUUUUACUUUCUUUCUUUUUUCGCGAUAUUUUUUCUUUUUCUUUCUUUUUUCAAAAUUUUUCUUCCUUUUUUCAUAAUCUUUUUUCUUACUUUUUUUACUUUUUACGUCUUUUUUUCUUCCUUUUUUCUUUUUUCACGAUCAAUUUUUUCCCGUUUCUGUUUUUUUCACAAUCUUUCUACUUUCUUUUUCUUUUUGUUCUUUUUUCAUGAACUUUUUCCUUACUUUUUCUUUUUCACGAGUUUUUUGUCCCUAUUUCUUUCUUUUUCCACCAUCUUUUUUCUUUCUUUUUCUUUUCAACGUUCUUUUUCUUUCUUUUUUCUCUGUCGUGAGCUUUUUUAUUCCUUUUUUCAAGAUGUUUUUUUCAUUUUUUUUCUUUCUUUUUUUCUGUUUUCACGAUCAUUUUCUACCUUUGUCUUACUUCUUUUUUUCUUUUUUCAUAAUCUUUCUUCUUCCUUUCUCUUCUUUUCUUUUUUCACAAUGGUUUUCCUUCCUUUUUCUUUCUUCUUUCUUUGUUCCACCGUCUUUUUAUCCUUACUUAUAUAUUUUUCUCAUUUAUUAUGCAUUCUUCAGUCUUCUUUGGUGAUAAUGGAAAUAUCACAAUCUAACAGAAUCCCGCGACUCUUUUCUUUAAAAAAUGGUUUUCUAUUGUGUCCUGGAGUUGUGGAAUUGGAAAUUCAUUAA